AUGUUAACUACAAGAACAGCUGGUGCUGUAGAGUCUAGCGAUGUGUUUCGGUGACUCACGGUUCUCCCCUCAAUAUGACAACCAUCGCAUGCAAACAACAAUCUGAACUUUUAAAUCGAGAACUAUAUUCAAGUCAAACAUGAAGAUAUUGGUGUGAACAUGGACAUGGACUCUAUGUGUAACAUCGCGAUGUCUGACAUCAUGAUGUCGGGCGAGGAAAUGAUGUCAACUGGCAGAGAUAAGAUACGGGCGGGGAGAUAACCCUCCACCAACUGAAUGUGAAGAAAUCUCUAGCUGGGUUUCACGCCUCACUGAUCUCAGCUACGCUUGAGCCGACACGGCUAUAGACCGUUGCCCCGUCUUUGACCCGUCGCGACAAAAACGGGCUAAUACGGGACCACAUUUCUGACUAUAUAAAGGGAACCUAACUAGGUUUUUUAAAUACUUGGUUUUCUGUUGGACUCUCGCUUCCUCUUAAUAUUGUGUAACUUAGGAUAUUUGAAGGAAACAGUGGACUGUUUGCGUGAUUUCGAAGCUCAGUUUUUUAAUUCUGAAAUACGUGAUUCAUUGGAUAAAAUAAAAAGUGAAAUGUUGGAAGUUUGAUACACGACAUUAUUCUACGGCUCAGCUGUUAGGUUGGCAGACGAUAGCUGACCAGCUGUCGCCGUUGUGUGCAUGGAAUUAUGGUCCAAGUCUGACUGACGACAGGACAGGACAAGAUGAGGACACAGACUUUGUUUACGUUCCUGUCUGCGCAGAUAUGGAAUAUUGGAAUCGUCUGCUUGAUAUCUGGUCACGUGCAAGGAGACAACUCUUGGUCAGCUUGGCUUCCAACAACAAUUAUCAGGGGAGACAACCAGACCGUCUUCAGCCUGAAAGGUAUUUCCAAUUACAAAUGUUCAUCUGGUGACGUCAUCGAAGCCCAGUGCCGAAGAACGGAUUUGUCAACAGAGAGCGAUCACGUGGUGUCCUGCAACGUCACGGAUAGCACGAGCGUCUACGUCAUUGGUAACUGCGACAAAAACUGUACGGUGGAGUUGCGGUUCUUGUGUCCGUCUUUAGAAUCUGAUGAGAAUUGCUUGUACCUGCUCACCUGCUCUACGUGCCUGUACCUGCUCUACGUGCUGUACCUGCUCUACCUGCUGUACCUGCUGUACCUGCUGUACCUGCUGUACCUGCUGUACCUGCUCUACCUGCUGUACCUGCUGUAUCUGCUGUACCUGAUGUACCCUUGCUGUACCUGCUCUACCUGCUGUACCUGCUAUAGCCUGCUCUACCUGCUGUACCUGCUCUACCUGCUAUAUCUGCUGUACGCUUGA